GCUUGCUAGAGAUCCAAAGUUUCUGUUUUGUUUCAUAGAACAUAAAAGGUUUCAAGAACAUGGCCGUGGAAGCUUCUGCGUUCGUUAUUCUUGCCAUUUUCUCCAGCCUCGUUUGGGGGACUCCGGCUGCAGAAUAUGGAACUGCCUACGUCCGCUCCAUUCCUCCCGCGGCCGCGUGUAGAAAGGAGAACAAUAGUUCUAGUGAGUUGUUAGCAGCAGUGGGCGACUCCCUCUGGAAGAACGGAAGUGGAUGUGGGAAGAAGUUUCAGUUAACAUGCGUUGGGAGCAAUUAUGAAAUUCUAAACCCUUGUAUUGAUAGCUCAACCGUUGUGCUAGUGGUGGAUAGGUGCAUGGACUCUGGGAUCACCUUCGGCCUCCCCAAGGAAGUCUAUGUCGAAAUUGGCAACCCUUUGGCCCCAUCCAUCAUAGUCGACUUUAAAGAGGUUUGAAGCUGUAGAGAGGUAGAGACUGAUCCCGUUCUAUUUGUUUUGAAAAGAGAAAUUUUUGUUUAAAUGCAUGGAUCGAGUAGAAGAUAAGAAUGGCAUUAAUUAGAUGUCAUAUAUGUCUUUUAUUAUAUAAAAAAAAUGAAUGGAUCAUUUUGACUUCUAAAUAAUGUUCCCCUUUUUAGUUGACAAUUAAUAAAUAAUAUA